AUGGGAGCGGUGGUAAUCACGCUCUUAGUCGUGAUCGUGAUCGUCCAACUUCUACCCUGGAUCAUUAAGUGGGCUCGCGAGCACCACUUCAAACCGAACUACAAAACGCUCGGUGAGUCUUCGCGAAUCAGACUAGUCCACCAAAUUAACGAUGCGAUUGUUGAACUCUCCCGUAACAAAGUGGGUGCGAUUAUUUCCAUCAUCAACAAAGAUACAUUGGACAACUACCGCACCGACGGCGUUAAGUUAGACGCCAACAUUUCCUCGGCUCUAAUUUUGGCGAUUUUUAACAAAAAUUCGCCGCUUCACGACGGGGCAAUUAUUAUCCAAGAUAACAAAAUUAAGUACGCUGCCACUUACUACCGGAUUACUUCCAAAUCGAUUAGCAACCGUUUUGGUGCUCGUCACCGAGCGGCGCUCGGUAUUUCCGAAAGUACCGACGCUUUAACGAUCGUAGUUUCGGAAACUUCCGGAGCGAUCACUUUCACGCUCAAAAGUAAGUUUGUGGUUGUUAAAGCCAGCGAAUUCCAAGAGAAGUUAACCGAGUAUCUCAGUUAA